UCGCUGCUGUGUAACAGCUCAUUGAAACGUAACGUGAUUCCUCUGUUUGUGUCUGCAACCCUGCCCUGCCUGAAAAGGCCUACGACUGCUUCAAGCUCCCCCAAAACUCCGCUCUCUCCGGUUUGUAACCUGGAGUAACUUUCUGGUCUCGACUUGCGUAUCAAAGCCGCUGAAAGCCACCGGAGAGCCGAGCGGAAGAGAAGCUCGGUCCGUUUCAGGAGCGGACUCGGCGGAUCCGACAUGCCUCUCCACAGUAUCUGGCCUCCCUGUUGGACGGUAACCUGCGCCUGAGGAAAAUACGGCACAAUGGGCAACGAGGACGGCUCAGAGGACGUCUACGUUGCCGUCAUUCGUCCAAAGAACCAAGUCAGCCUGACUUCGAAGGAAUAUAGAGCCAAAGCUUAUGAGAUCUUGUUGAAAGAAGUGCCUUUGGAGGGGAAGGAGAAGAAGCGGAAGAAAGUCCUUCUGGUGACAAAGAUUAAGCCAGGAGACAAAUCUAAAUCCAUAUUGGAUUAUGUUGACGAAACAAUAAAACCAAUCUCCAAUAACCAAAGCUUCACAGGAAAGCGUGUGGUGCACAUGAAGAAAUUUAUCCUUGAAGGUGACAAUGAAGGGAAAGAGGCUUCUCUGUUUGUGGUGCCAGUCAGCGUUAAAGAUAACAGCAAACCCAUCCACAUCUCUGGGAGCCCGAGCUUCUACUGUUUCCAGGACAUCAUGCGUGUGUGCAGUGAGACCAGCCCUCACUUCUGCUCCGUCACGUCCAGGAUGCUCCUGGCUUUAGAUAAAUGGUUAGCGGAGCAGCACACUGUCCCUCACGCCAUCCCCGCCCUGUUCAGGCCGGCUCCUGUUGAGCGAGUCAAAACCAACGUGAACAACCCAGCCUACAGCAGCGAGGGAAAACUGAGCGACGAGGGUCUGCACAUGGGGUACACCGCUCUGGAGAUCAAGAGCAAGAUGAUGUCCCUGGAGAAGGCGGACAUGUGCAUCCUGAAUCCUCUGUUUGGCUCGGACCUGCAGUACACUAACCGGGUGGAUAAAGUGAUCAUUAACCCUUACUUUGGUCUCGGAGCACCAGACUACUCCAAGAUCCAAAUCCCUAAGAGGGACAAAUGGCAGCAUAACUGCGUGGGAGAAGACAAGGAUCACCAGUGGGUGGACGACUUCCCUCUGCACCGCAGCGCUUGUGAAGGAGAUACAGAGCUGCUUUCUAAGCUCCUCGACAGCGGCUUCUCGGUCAAGCAGCUGGACAGCGACCACUGGGCCCCCAUACACUAUGCUUGCUGGCACGGUAAAGUGGAGUCAACAAAAAUACUGCUGGAGAAAGGCAAAUGCAACCCCAACCUGCUGAACGGGCAGCUCAGCUCACCGCUGCACUUUGCAGCCAGAGGAGGCCACGCUGACAUAGUGAAGCUCCUCCUGCAGCACCCAGAGAUCGACCGGCACAUAGAGGACCAGCAGAAGAGAUCGCCACUCCAGGUGUGUGAGGAGAACAAACAGAACGAGUGGGAGGAAACAAUAAAACUUCUGCAGCAAGCUAACAGCAAACCAUAUGAAAAGGUGCGAAUAUACCGCAUGGACGGCUCCUAUCGCUCUGUGGAGCUGAAACACGGCAACAACACAACUGUGCAGCAGAUAAUGGAGGGCAUGCGGCUUUCCCAGGAGACCCAGCAGUACUUCACCAUUUGGAUCUGCUCAGAAAACCUCCACCUGCAGCUGAAGCCGUACCACAAGCCUCUGCAGCAUCUGCGGAUCUGGACGGAGAUUGUGACGGAUCUGACGGUUCUGGAUCCUCAGAGGGAAAGUCCGCAACUCUUCCUUCGCAGAGACGUACGACUGCCUCUUGAAGUAGAGAAGAAGGUGGAAGAUCCGCUGGCCAUCCUCAUCCUGUUUGACGAGGCCCGUCACUGCCUGCUGAAGGGCUACUUUCCCGCCCCGGACAGUAAACUGAUAACUCUGGCCAGCCUCCUUCUGCAGAUCAUCUAUGGCAACUAUGAAAGCAAGAAGCACAAGCAAGGCUUCCUCAAUGAGGAAAACCUGAAGUCAAUCGUACCGAUAUUGAAGGUGAAAAGCAAAGCGUACCACUGGACCAACAGGAUUCUGCAUGAAUACAAAGCUCUGAGCACCAGCGAGGGAGUGAGCAAAGAGAUGCACCACCUGCAGAGACUCUUCCUCCAGAACUGCUGGGACAUCCCAACCUACGGAGCAGCUUUCUUCACCGGCCAGGUCUACACCAAGGCCAGCGCGAGCAACCACAAGGUCAUCCGAGUGUACGUCGGGGUCAACACGAAGGGCCUGCACCUCAUGAACAUGGAGACCAAGGUCCUUCUCAUCAGCUUGGAGUAUGGCACGUUCAUGUGGCAGCUCGGACAUGCUGACCAGUACUUCCAGAUCCACAGCGGGGACAACAAAAUGAACUUCAUUGUGCACACAAAACAGGCGGGCCUAAUUGUGAAGCUUUUAAUGAAACUUAGUGGACACAUGACUCACAUCGAUAAAGGCCCUACGGAUAAAUACGCCUACGGCUGAGGACAUUUCCACAAACCAGAUCUGUCAAAGACCUGAAAGCACAUCCUUCCUACUGACCAUCAUCAUCUGACUACAAUAGUUCUGGAUAAAGAGUUAGACUCUCCACAACAGCCUUAAUUUGUACAACAGUCAGAGUUAUAUGUGUCCUGACAUGCCUUUGUGUAUUAUGAGUCCAGCUUUUGGAUCUAUGUAAAUAUGGUUUAUUAUUUAAUGUUUGUUUUAAUAAACAGAUUUAUGAAAAUUUG